AUGAAGCAACAACGAUCGAAAAUUAGUCAAAAACCCAAAAAACAAACCAAUAAAAAUAUGCUUUAUAUUGAGUUAGAUACAAAAUGCAGUUGUCCAUCAUCAACAUCAAAUGAUAAUGCAUUCAUUCAAUUUACUCGUCGUUAUCUUAAAUGUCAAAGCUCAAUGCCUAUUCGUAUUAUACGUUUAUUUAUUGAAAGAAGUUUAUUUCAUUCACCAAUGACAACAAUAUCUAUAUUCGAUUCAAACAAUCGAUUAUUAAAAGAUUCAGAUCGUCUUUGUUCAUUAAAACAUACAUGUUCAUCAUCAUCUCAUUAUAUUCCUCUUCGUUUUCAAUUGAAAAAUAUUAUAACAUCUAUUUCUAAUUGUUCUUGUUUAUCAUCAUCAAUUGAACAUGAUUCAUUAUCAUCAAUUGAACAUAAUUCAUCAUCUUCAUCUUUACCAACAAUAAUUCAACAAGAAAACAUUGAACAAAUACUCUCAACAUGUUCAAUUACUCAACAAACAUCGUCAUUGCCAUCUUGUUUAUCAUCAUCAUCAUCAUCAUCCUCAAAUCUAUUUUAUAAUCCUAUUGAAAUUUCUAAUCUUCGAAAUUCGAAAUCGUUUUUCAUCGAUUCAAUUUUGGACAUAUCAAUGAUUAAUCAUAUAACAUCUGAAUUCGGUGAAAUAUGUUCACCAUUAAUAAAACGAAAACGAUAUCAUGCACCGAAAAACAUCAUUCCUGAUGUAUCAUUAGAUAUUCCUCUUGAUCUACGAAUAAAAAAACAUUCAUUAUCUUCAAUUGAUUCAUUAUCUUCACAAACAAAAUGCAUGUAA